CAUCACCAAUUCACAAUGGAUCGUGGGGAACGGAGUAAUGGCCCAUUAGAUGCGUUGACCUCGUUAUCAUGCCAUCACUAUGAAACACCGGAAGAUGUCUUUCAAGACAUCUUAAGCUGGAUUCAGGAUGCAAAUACCGACCCGAAACUAGCUGAAAAUGCCGUCAGUCACAUCAGUGAAAAGGUCGGGCGCAUACUCAAACCGUUAGAAACGUCUUGUGUUGAAUCGCAAUACGUCAAGGCCCUCUUGACAACGUGGGUAAAGAACAGUUUAAACAUGGCGUUUAGCUACUUGGAGGACGAAACUACUGAUAUUAGUAAAGAAAUGUCUACUAUUUUGGAUGAACUGGAUUCCGUCAAUUCUAUCAAAGAUAUUGAAACCAAAUUAAUCACAGAAAAGUCAAAGCUUUGGACCUGGUGUGUAAAGGGUAAAGGCUGUUGGUAUUUCCAAUUGAUUCUCGUACAAGAAGAAUUGCUCAAAAACACGCCCUGUUUCGUCACCCUUUUAAACCGCUAUUUUAACAAGUUGAAGAGCUUUAUUAUCAAUAAAAUCUUCGCGCGGUGCAGAGAUGACGUCAUCAAUGGCGGAUUAAAUGGUUCAGAAGUUCAAAAAUUCUUUUCGGCUCUAACUGAUUUUUUGACAAACGUCAAUGAAGACCCAGAUUCACAUGACGUUCUUAAAGAUUAUAUGCUUGGAAGCAUUCCAACGACAAGUGACCAUGAAACAGAUAGGCAAGAAUGGAUCAACGAGUUAGUUGAGAAAAUUUCAAAAAUCUUCCUGCCAAAAACGAGCGAUAAUGAGAAGGAAGUAAUCCCUGAAUGGACGCAGCGAUUCAAAUUAGCCACGUUGCUAGUAACACCUCAAACCUUUCCGAAACUAAAAUUGCUGAUCAGGGAAAUAUGUAAGUAUUUUUUAUUGCCUAAAACCACAAUCGAAGUGAGAAAACAGUAUGGAAGGGAAAUUAUUCUUAUAAACGGCGUCGCCGUUUUUGUUAGUAAAAUGUUGGAGAUAAUGAAGGAAAUGAAAGCUAACCACAAAAAAGUGAAAGAAAUACAAAUCGUUGGACAGUCGUCCAUUCACAUCGAUUGUGACUUGCAAAAUGAAAUCUGGCACGGAUUCAACGUGGGCAUCGUUACCGACAAACUUAUUGUUUGCGCAGCUCAGAAAGACAAAAAUAGAAUGUGGGACGUUUCAGGAAGACAUGCUAGUACCGUCGGAUCACGAGGUACUUGUCUAAAAGCAGGCGAAAGUGGUGGUAAUGUUCGUAUUAAAUGUAAUGAAAUAAUUGGCGCUGAGCGAUGGACGAUCGAGUGCAAUGGAGGGGACGGAGGUUCUGCUCGAAAAUGGUCCGUGGAAGAAUUUAAAAAAGUCUUCAGUCCCAUAUUACCACUGGUGGAGGAGGCGAAAAAUAAAAAAGCAGACAAACAAAUUUCCGAUCAACCGGCAAUAAAAGAUCUCUAUGAAAAACUGGAGGAUACUCUGCUUGAUGAUUUCGAAUUUGUCGGUGUACGAAUUGGCCAGGUGCAAGACGAACGUCAGGCAAGAUCCGGCAGAUUAGGCGACGGCAGCGAAAUCACGUUUUCAUUGUAUGAAAGUAAAAAAACAAAAAAUCUACACACUGUCAUUCUCUGUAAAGGCGCCGGCGUCGGAAAAGGUGGCUAUGGCGGAGAUGUAAUCUUGGAAUUGUCGAACAAAGAGCGUGGCCUUCCUCUCGCUGGGAUGGAAAUGUAUCAAGCAAUGGACAUAGGGGGAGUUGUCUACAAGGCAUCGGGUUCCGACGGUAGAACGGGACAAGCGAGCGGUGAUGCUGGUUUCAUUUACAACGGAGACCAGAACCAAUCAGGAAAUUUCAUUGGUUUUGAAAAUUACCAAACGCUAGAAAUUCGAUACUACUCGAAGAAAGAUGAAUUAAAAAAAGAUAAAGUUAUAUCGUAUGCCAGAGCUUAUGGUUGCUCAGAAAAUCAACGCUAUGCAACAAUCGUUUCAACAUUCGGGCAGCAAAAAGGAAGUUCUGUUUCACCGAGGGAAGCCACAAAGAAAAACGCCGUCAUUCGACAGAGCCUCGUCCAUCAUUUUACAAAGAUUAAUGUGCGGAAGCAAAUGAACGAAUCUCUCUGCAAGACGUUUUUGUUUGAUCCGUUGGAAGAAAAUCAGUCUCUAAACAUCGACCAACUGAUGGAAGAAAUUCAAAGUAAUGAGGCACAUUUCGAUGAUCUAGUUUACUUACAAUUUAAUCAAGAGAAGGUACGAUGUACCAAACCAGUACCUGUCGUGAAAAGCAGUGCGACCUGCGCUCCGAGCGUAUCCCCAAAAAUAGCCAGCAAUGUCCGAACACUUAGCGAAGAUAAUAAAGAAAAUCGAAGAAUGCUAGAAAGAUUCCUGAAGGACAACUUGGAAAAUUUCAAGCCGGACACCUGGAAACAGCUGUCAGAGCAACUUAAAUUGGAAUCAAAGAAAAAAAUCGAAAAGCUGGACGAACGACUGGUAUAUAUCUUCAGCUACCUUAACCAUGAACGGAAUUCACGGCAGAAAGAGAACAUCGGGAAGAAAUGGAAUAAGAAAAUCAAUAUUAACGAAACAGAAGAUGGUUUGAAAUCGUUAGCCGUAUUUUUGUACGACUUUGAGUGCGCCGUACAGCAACUUCGUAAACCCACAGACGACAACUUCCGACUCCGUGACAACCAGAUCUUGGCAGUGCUGAUGUUGCUCCCUAAACCAAAAAUGUCGUUUGAUGUGACUAAGCAACCAUUUUAUCGAAGUUUAGCUCAAGUAUCAACUGGCGAGGGCAAAUCGCUGAUUGUGGCUGCCGUGGCCAUUGUUCAUGUUCGUCAUGGAUUCAGCUCUAAAAAGCCAAUCGACGUGAUUACUAGUAACGACUUAUUAGCACUUCGUGAUUCCAACCUUUUGGUCGCAGAAGGAGGACUGAAAGAUCUCUACGAAUAUUUCGAUGUGUCGGUGGCAAACAACUCCAGCCAAUCAGAAGACAUUCGCAAAGCAAGUUAUUCUGCGGAAGUAGUUUACGGACAAUUGGCCAACUUCCAGCGUGAUUACUUAUUGGAUAAAUUUUACGAUCGUAACAUUCGUAGUGAUCGUGAAUUCACGUAUGCCAUUAUUGACGAAGUGGAUUGCAUGUUGCUUGAUCGUGGCAACAACACUCUCUAUUUAUCCCAUGACAUUCCAGGCAUGGAAACGCUGGAGUCUUUGUAUGUUUUCAUUUGGGAAAAGAUAUGCAACUCCACUAUUGAUAGGAACAAUUCAAAAGAACAAGUUAAAAAAUCAAUUAAAUGUGAUGUGUUAUUCGACUUGUAUGGCGUGACAACUAAAGACGAUCUGAAGUCAGUUCAUGCGCCAUUAGACGAUUCGGAAAAAGAUGUACUGUGGAACCACCUGAUUGAGAAAGAAGUGAUUGACUCACAGGGACGCCUACUAAUUGAAAAUGCCAACAAAAUGACUAGAGAGGUCAUCUAUACCCCCAUGCAACUCCAACGAAAAAAUCUGGAUGAGAAAUUGAUUUUCUAUUUCAGCAGAGUGGCUAAUCGCCAGCGUCGAAUUCGAAUACCUGUCCAUCUGCUCGACUUUGUUGACCGGCACUUAAGCACUUGGUUAGAAAGUGCUUUUCAGGCCCUGGAUCUACGACCCGACGAGGACUACGUCAUUGAUCAAGAUCGAACACACACUAACCCCGAUCUCAAUCCGCAAGUGAUUAUUAUCGAUCCCGACACUGGAACGGAUCAAACUUCUUCUCAAUGGGACGGAGCCUUGCACCAGUUCAUUCAGCUGAAAGAAGGAUGUAAAUUGACGCUACAGAGUCUCAAAGCGAUUUUCAUCUCGAAUGCUAUGUACAUCUUGAAAUACUUCGGACUAGUAGGUGUGUCGGGUACGCUGGGAUCCGAAGAAGAAAUGUUUUUUCUACAAGAUACAAUUAAGAGUGAGUUGUUCCCCAUUCCUAGGGCUUUCGUUAACCGUUUUAAAAAGGAAGAUGCCCAAGUCCUGACGACUAAAGAAGAAUGGCUAAAUGCCAUUAGCCUUGAAACCAAAACUAUUAUUGAAAAAGGACGUUCAAUCAUCAUCUUUUGCAAGUCCAUCAAAGAUGUUAAUCUCAUUCAUCAACGACUAACGCAUUCCAUUCUUGAGCUGAAUGGAAACAGUUGUCUCCAUCGCUACACGCGCGAUUACGUGAAAUUUGCAUUUCAAAGAACGGAACUGGACAUUGGGCAUGUUAUUGUCGCUACCAACUUGGCUGGACGAGGCACAGACAUAAAAAUCAGCAAACAGCUGAGCGUUAAUGGAGGAUUGCAUGUAUGUCUUAGUUAUUUCCCCGAGAAUGAACGGAUUGAGGAACAAGCGAUGGGUCGUGCAGCUCGGAAUGGAGCACCUGGAAGCGGAAUCCUCAUUAUAUGCAAGUCAAUUUCGUGCAACGGGAUGGCGCGUGACGGAAAGGACAUUCGUAACUUGACAGAAAUAAUGAAAAAUGAGCGCGACAUUCGUGAGAAAGAACGGAUCGCUCGGUUGGAAGAAGAUUUCAAAUUAAUGGGUGAUCAGGCAAAAUUAUUUGAUCAGUUUUCUAAGUACUAUACUGAUCUAAAAAAAAAGCGGAAAAAAUACGGUGAUCAGUUGGUGAGUGCCAUCUGUGGAAGUGUGUUAGAUCAAUGGGCUUUAUGGCUCAACGAAAUGAAUAGUUGCCCAUUAGACGUGAAAAUUCAUUCAUAUUUAACAAAAUUUCUUCUAAAAUUCAAAGCUCUUGAUCAAGAUAAUUUUGAUAUCAGUCAAAUCGGGUGGAUGACACCAGCUCGUUCAGUUGUUGUUGCCAAACAUUUAGCUACGAGCAACAAGAAGCCGAAUCUCUCGGCGGCAACCGAACUAUUGGAACAACUCAUUCAAUCAAAAGAUAACCAAUUUUAUCCCGCCGCUUACUACUACCGCGCAUUCCUUUUGCUGAAGGACAGCUAUGAAGUAAACAAAAAUGAAUUUAUAAAAACAUUACGUACAUGCGAAAAUGUGUUGAGUGAGCACAUCAACAUGCAAAUAUCGUUUUUUUCUAUUGUCCAAACGACGAUCAGGAAAACUGAUCAGCUUCUUUCCUUUCGUGUUAUCUAUGGCUAUACACAACAAAAAGAAAACAUGGUUAAUCUGUUUCAAUAUUUUGUUGGUUCAGUUCGUUCAUUGCUGGGCACUGAUUGUUCCAUUGAAGACUUUGAAGCAGCAGGACACCUUCCAAAAAAAAUUGAAGAAUUUUUUGAAAAACAUCUGAAGAACUUUGAAAAAUGGAUUCAACGCGAAGUUCAUGGAAACUUCAAAGUUUUUCAAAAAAAAGACAAAAACAACAAAGAAUCAAAGAAUUUUACAAUUCCACCUGAAAAGGUAGAGGAAUAUUUCAAGUUAUUGCUGGAGGGUGAAUCCAAAUGUAUUGGUAACCAGCUGAAUGACGCCAACACAAUACCGAGCUGGAAUUCUCCCAUCGGAAAAAACGCAAAAUCAAAUCGAGAAUGGUCCAUUGAAAGAGUAGCAAAAGCCUAUGGUGUCUCUGCAUUUACCUUAGAAAAGUCACUGAAUCAAGCGAUAACAAAAGAACUUAACAAAGAGGAUAUUGAAAAAGAAAUAGAAAACGAAACAAAAAAGAAAUUUGAAGAAGACAAUUUAAUUCCUUGUACGAGGGACUCGUUCUGGGCGAGAUUAGUUGAAUUCGGAGCAUUGUUUAACAAUCAAAAUUUCGUAGCCAUGGAUGAGUGCAACGUCGACAAGUAUAAUUUAAAACGGGAGGAGGCCAAAACAUUUCCCUUUGACGACAAAGAUUACGUGCUAUACAACCCCAUUAAUGACAAUAGCAAGAACGGACAAGAAAAAAAAAUUAUUUUCUCACAAAAGUAUGUCGAAGAAACUCUUUAUGGUAACCGCAUGAAAAGCUUUCGUCGAGAUCAGUUUCAGGUCAACAAAAUUGCCAAAGUUGAUGUCGAAAAACUCAAAUCAGUCGAUCUCAAAUUAUUUGGCCAAUUGACCUACGACGAUCUACGUGAGGCCAAUAUCAGCCCGACUGAACGUCAAGGAAUUAUAGACGAGUUGAAAAAGCAAGACAUCAUUGACGACGAUGGUAAUCUUUCACCCAAUUACAAUGGGCAAAAAUUCGAAUAUUCAAACUGUCCUGCUUACGAAGACAGUGUCGUGCGUUUACUGGGGAGCAAAUUACGUGCAGAAAUAGUUAGACGACACUGGUUGAAUUGCAAAGACAAUUCAAAUCGUCUCGAAGCAAUCAAUUUGCUACCUUUGACACCUUAUCGAGAUAUACUGGAUGAUUUAAUUGCUGCCUACGUCGUCAGUUACGGUGUCCGGGUGAAAGGAAUGGAUGAACGUAUUCUCGAAACAAAAGUGAAUGAAAUCACCAAAAAAGACCAUGAGCGCGAGUGUAUUUUGGAUUUUUUGAGAAGCCGGCAAGCAAUUUACGAAGCCAGUUGGAUGGCAAAUCAAAAGGCAGCGCUUGACUUUAUCGACAGUGACAUCCGCAACGUAAAGGGCAACACCUUCGAAAGCGAAUUGUGCCUUCUUCAUUUGAUAGGAUUCGAUCACGUCAUAUAUAUGAAGGAUCGCCACAUGUCUACAAAACAGGUGGUCUUGUCAUCCCUUAUUACACCAUUCAUUAUCAUCGGUGGAGUUGCCUCGAUUAGUGCUGGGGCUGUUUUAACCAUCUUCAGCAAACUAUUGCCAUUCCGUUUCGGGAAAGAUUUGCUUUUCAUGGGUGGUCUUUCGGACAUAAUCUACAUAUUUACGGCGGCUUUAUCAAAUGACAGAAUCAGCUUUUCUGGUUAUGCACGCCAAAAAAUUAGGAGCUCAAUAGGUAAAUCGAAUAUUGCAGACCAAGUCAAGACUCUUUGGACGUUAUCAAAACCUGGAAAACUUGGUGGCAAUAACUUUAGACCUGCGGUCCUAAUCCAUAUGGACACUUUUCACGGUCGACGAGGAAAAAAUCGUGAAGCGGAUAGACAAAAAAUAUUCAACGCUUUACUUCAGCUAAAAAAAUAGCGGAAAAUCCAAGUA